AAGCAGGGCUGCAGUGCAUUUGUUUCUUCAGAACAGCAAAUUAAUACCUUAAACUACGGAUGUGUCGCUCUCCGGCCAACCUCGCCUAUCAAACCACCCUCUUCGGACUUUGUCAUAGUUCCAUGAGAUCACUAUCAGAAGGAUUCAUCUUUCGGGUCGCCGUUGGUUCAUCCCCUCCGUCUGAGAUGUCCAACAUCGGAUAUUCACCGUUCAACCGGCCGCUCAUGGACAUCGCCGAUUGGGAAGCUCCCAGAGCAUCGCCCAGUUGAUGUGAGGCUGCUCCAAGCCAUACUGGCUAAAGUCGAUCAAGUACUCGUCGAUAUCCUUGAACCCAACCUUUUGGUAUAGAUGAUGGCCAGCUCUCGAAGACUCGAGAUAUGCCGGAACGCCCAAUCGAACAGCUUCCUGCACUAUGGGUGUCAUCAACUGCCACCCUGCUCCCCGUCUUUGGUGCUUUGGGUCCGUCACCAAGAUAUGCAGAUCUGUCGCCUGCGUUAGCUGUCAUUCACCUCCGCCACACACGCAUCAAAUGUGCCAUAUCCGCCACUUACAGACGACCUUCUUGCCACCCAUCAAACGCUGGCGCAUCUCGUCCAAGCCAUGGAACAACUUGUUACACGCCUCUUCGUUGCAACCAGGUCCCCAGACACGUGGUUUUGGCACCGGCAGCCCCUCCGAGUACGCAUUCCACUUGCUCCAAGCAAUAAUCGCCUCGUCGCCAGAGAGAUCCGUGUCCACCGCUUUGUGGAAGCGCACGGUUGUGUCCUCUCGAAACUGUUUGGCCAGUUCUUCAGCUCGAAUCCCCAUCAUAUCCUCCGGCAUGGGUCCGGGGAAUAGGACUGGAUCAAGUGGGCUCCCCGAGAACGCCAGUUUCUCAAUCUCGGCGCACCGCCGAAGAUCGCUCUCCAACACCGGCUGAAUUUCGAUUGGCAUGUUUCCUGAUAUGCUGCGCUUCCGAAUAGUCUUUGUUGAAGUUGGAGCGACGUACCUACUCGAACUUUUUGUCGCGGCGAAGACCACGCCUGUACUUGUACACCUGUACAGACCACGCCGGGUGCCUAUUAUGCGGGGUUCUUCGGCGGGGGGGUUCCUAUCCAGGUGUUGGUUUGGAACACAAUCGGUCUGACUCAUCAAAGGAUUCGUAUUGUUUUUCGUCACCCUAUAGAUCAGCUUCUCGGUGACCGUCUAGGAAGCUCGUCAACGAGUGAAUGUUUCCUGCAUGCAUCAUGCGCGAAAUGGGACAUCUCAACAAGAAUACGCAAGGUGGCAAGCUGUCAGAAUUUGUCAUUUCUGGCAGCUGCAGAAGGAAUAUGCAAUGCUUAUAUGCAAAUGCAUUUUAGCCUCAAGGUUUGUCCUUAGCACCCUUGAAGGCUUAUUUCACCAGGGAAAUGUUGAAGCCAUGAUCGCUAAUGUGACACUGAGAGGCUAUUAGAUGGAACCGGUCGCGUGCCUUUUCCCACCAGAAGGACAGCACGUGGUCUGAUUCAACACUGGGUUCAUGGUUCGUCGUGUAUGGAUCAUGGAUGACGGUUGACAUGACCAGGCUGACCGAACGAAGCUUUGAUUCUUAGGCAGGGACCGGAAAGCUAUGUCCAUCAAACGGCAGUGUCGUUUUCGUGUCGUGGACCCAGACGUUGACCACCGAAUUCACGUACGGAGCUAUCCGGCCACCCUAGUAGAGCCUCAUUCAAGGAGUUUGCGGGGACGUCCCGCCGACGUCAAAAAGUUCGGAUAUUCUUGAUGCACAACCAAUGGGCUUGGAAAGUGGAGAGAUCUUGUCGGCCAGGGAUGAGGAGGCGCAGCGAUACAUGCGCGCGACACCAAAUUCAUCGACAGCAUUCGUCAAAAUUGUGUGUCCACGAAACACGUCCGAGCAUUCACCUUGCGUCCCCGGUCAACUGGCAUUGGCCACAUUUCGACAACAGCUUGGUGUCUCUUGUCGUUCGUCUCAUGUGGUACUUGACGGCUGCGUCCCGGAGUGUCUCCUCUUGAGGCACUUAAGAGUCUCCCCGAGCUCCACAGGCCUCGAUGUCGUCGCCGCUGUCAACAUGGUGCGGUCCGUUUCAUGGCUCCUGCAGCCCAGCUGUCGCCGCGACGCCAGGACCUCAUCCCUGUUGCAUCGGGACCUUGCCUUCCCUUCCUGCACCGAGUUGCGCGCACGGCUCAGGGGUUUCUUAGCUACAGAAGCUUAAUCCUCCUUUCGGCCGCCGGUUCACGACCGUUUAGCUGUCUUGUACCUGUCAGGCUGUCAAAAGUGGGUAAUGGCUGCAGACCAGUACUUCCCGGCCGAGAAUCACGGACGUCAACACAGACUUUUGUGGUCUGUAUCCAGAGGAUCCUUGCGUCGGGGACGCAGAUGCUGGAGUCGCGAAGGCUGCUUCCCAGCCUGGAGACAGCGUUCUCAGGUUGUGAGCUACUGCAAGCUCAAGGACCACUGACGUCCUCACGGUACGGAUGUGUCUCACGAUUCCACGUUCCAGGCGCAGACGGGAGCUAACGAAGGCCCAUCUUCCCAUGUUGGUCCUGGAUGUGAUCUGAGCUUCGAUCACCACAGGCUGGUUGCCAAAGCUUAUAAAACUAUUCGAUAUCCCACCGGAAGAGAACGUCUUUUUGGAGCAUCAGACAAGGAUCUUAAGAACGAUAGCUUGGUUAUUCCCAAAGCCUCAAUACUUUCUUCGAAAACCUUCAGACCCUUCGUCUGUUAUCUUCACAUCAAAAUGGUCACCAUGCGCCUGACCCUUGCUCUCUUCGCCCAGGCGGCCAUCAUCACUGCCGCACCUCUCCAGCCUAUCCGAAUCAUCCAGAUCGAGGAGAGAGCUGCAGGUGAUCUUGACACCAUCGAGCGUGCUCUGGCUCCCGUCUCCGAAUCCCUUGCCAACGUCGAUGCUGCAGUCCUCUCUUUGGAUGGUGGCCCAGUCACGGCAAACAACCUCCUCAUCUUCUCUCAGCAAGCCCAGGUGGCUACCGACCAGGCCACAGUCGACAUCCAGUCUGCUGGUGACCUUAGUGCCUUCAGAGCUGCCAGGCUUCGCCGCACUACCGACGCUCUCAUCGAUCAGACGACUGUCACCGUGAACGACCUAGUCUCCCGCAAGCCUGUUCUUGACAACCUUGGCGUCAGUGGUGUUGCAUUGGAGUCCCUCCAGAGGCAGAAGAUUUCCAGCAUGGCAUUGACUGCCGCGCUUGAGGAAAAGGUUCCCAGAGUCGGGCAGAGAAUCGCGGCUGAGGGCAGGGCUCAGAUCGAGUCCGUGAUGGACCAGGCAAUCGCAAUUUACUCUGAGCCCGCCGUCGCUGCUGUCCCGGCUGUUGCUCCUCCUCCUGCUACGCCUGCCAACCCCAACGCCAUCCCUAUCGCAGUUCCUCCUGCUGCUGCUCCUCCUGCCGCUGCUGUUCCUGCACCCCCGGCCGCCGUCCCUGCUCCUCCUGCAGCUGCUCCGGCCCCUCCUGCUGCCGCGCCAGCGUGGCCCGAUCAAGCUCCUCAACCUCCUGCCGCCGCUGUCCCGGCUGCUGACCCUAACGGCGCUGUUCCCCAGGCUGGAUCUCCUGCUCCCGUUCCGGCUCCUCAGCCGGCGCCCGCAGUCGCUGCUCCUCCCGCUGUUGCCCCCGCUCCUGCUCCUGCGGUCCCCGUCGCUACAGUUCCCCUGGUAGCACCUGUCCCGCCUCCCCAGAUCACACCCGUUUCCGGCCGCAAGGCCCUCAAGGACAAGAAGAAGAAGGCGUCAAGAAUCAACGCGGUUGAGGUCGAGGGCGAGACUGCUAAGCAGUAA